UGCUCCGCUGCCACUGCCAAUCUCCUUCACUCUCUUCCUUUCGCCAUUCCUCCUCCGCCCUCACUCCGAGUUCCCACCGCUCUACUUUCACGCUCUCGCAUUCCCUUUUCGAUCAUAUUCCGCCAUUCCAGAUCGGAUUUAAAGAAAGUGCUGCAAUUAUUGCGUUGAUUUUGUUGUAGUGUCUGACUGGUGGUUGGAAUGUGAAUCCGGCGAGCGAAACUAGGGCGAAGGAUGGGCUCGUGUUUCAGUGUUGAGGAAGACAGACCUCUGCCGACGCAGCACAAAUCUUCGACAUCGAGUCGGAAACCAGGUGUUCGAGAAGAGGCUUCGUCUGCUGCUGCAAAGACAGGCUCAGUGAGUCCCAAUACUGUUGUUAUAAUUCCGAAAAAUAUUAAGGAUUUGCGCAGCAGUCCUGGCAAUGGCGAUCUUGAUAUCUUCACAUACGAGGAGAUGAAGUUGGCGACCAAGCAUUUUCGGCCGAAUCAGGUACUCGGCGAGGGUGGAUUUGGUAUAGUCUACAAAGGAGUUAUAGAUGAUACUGUGAGGGCGGGUUACAGGACCACUCAGGUCGCCAUUAAAGAGCUUGAUCGUGGAGGCGUGCAGGGAGACCGGGAAUGGCUGGCAGAAGUCAAUUAUUUAGGACAACUACGGCAUCCUAAUCUAGUGAAACUGAUCGGCUAUUGCUGCGAGGGCGACCAUAGGCUGUUAGUUUAUGAAUAUAUGGCGUCCGGGAGCUUGGAGAAGCACCUCUUCUUAAGAGCUCGAGCCUCUUUGAUGUGGCAUCAACGGAUGAAAAUUGCUCUUGAUGCCGCGCGAGGGCUGGCGUUUCUUCACGGCGUGGAGAAGCCCAUUAUAUAUAGAGAUUUCAAGACUUCGAACAUUUUGCUCGACUCGGACUUCAACGCAAAGCUCUCCGAUUUCGGGCUGGCGAGGGUUGGGCCGACUGGCGAUCAAACUCAUGUGUCAACCCGUGUUCUCGGCACCUACGGUUAUGCUGCCCCUGAGUACGUCAUGACCGGGCAUUUGACGGCGAGAAGUGACGUGUACGGCUUCGGAGUUGUGCUGCUAGAAAUGCUAAUCGGGAGGCAAGCAAUGGACAAGAGCCGGCCGAGCCAAGAACACAAUUUGGUCGAGUGGGCUCGGCCACUCCUCAACCACAACAAGAAGCUCCUCCGGAUACUCGACCCGAGAAUCGAGGGUCAAUACUCGACGAAAAUCCUCGUCAACGUCGCCAACCUGGCGUACCAAUGCCUCAGCCAGAACCCGAAAGGUCGGCCCGUCAUGAGCCAAGUGAUCGAGAUACUCGAACCCCUCGUGGCGCAAGAAUCGAGCCGAGGAGGAGAUGCGAAUGUCGCCGGAACAAAAAGCUUCCCGACCACUCCCAAGGGAAGGGAUCGGCCCAAAAGCAAAAGUGAACGAGAUUCCGGCGGUGGCGGAAGUGGCGGCGCCGCUGCGCCGGGGAAGGGGAAAGAAGUGAAUGGUAGGAGCAAGAGUGAACCUCCAAAAAGAGUGGAUACUUUUUGAGGGUAGUGUUUUUUAAAAGGUUGUAAUGUGAAAUCAAUGCCUGUGGGACAUGGCUCGCUUGUGUUCCUUUGCUCCCCUUUUGAUUUUAAUAAUAAUUUCAUAUUAUUAUUAUUAUUA